CCCGCCUCCCUGGACAGCGCUCACAUCCAAAACAAGCGCCUCCUUCGAGUACUGCGCCAUCACCAGCUAGGUUAGCUGCUAGAAGACAGCUAGCUCAGUGCACAGGGGGGCGAGUCUGCUUUAAAGGACGACCUAAGUCACUAUUUGACCGAUUUUACCGAAAACAAGACAUUUUACUCGUACAGGUCGUGUAUAAAUCGUGAGGGGCGAAGGUGAAGGUCGAGACACCAGCCCAAACAGAGCCCAGCCCACAGUGUCAAACAUCAGACAGACGACAGCCCUGCACACAGACGCUAUGGAUCGUUCACCCACCACCGCCAGCCUGAUGGCCGCCAGCAACGUCACCAACAAAACCGACCCGCGUUCCCUCAACUCCCGGGUCUUCAUCGGCAACCUGAACACCCUGCUGGUCACCAAGGCUGACGUGGAGGCCAUCUUCGCCAAAUAUGGAAAGAUCGUAGGCUGCUCGGUUCACAAGGGCUACGCCUUCGUUCAGUACGCCAAUGAGAGGAACGCCCGAUCUGCUGUGGGCGGGGAGGACGGGAGGAUGAUUGUUGGUCAAGUGCUUGACAUUAAUCUGGCAGGAGAGCCCAAACCACACCGGUCAAAAACCACCAAACGCUCAGCUGGAGACAUGUACAGCAGCAGUUCCUCAUUUGAGCUCGACUACGACUUUCAGAGAGAUUACUACGACAGAAUGUACUCGUACCCGUCCCGUGUUCCUGCUCCCCCUCCGCCCUUGUCCAGGGCUGUGAUUCCAUCCAAGCGCCCGAGGGUCAGUCUGAGCGGAGGAAGCAGCCGGCGAACCAAAAGCAGCUUCUCCUCUUCCUCCAAGAGCAGCCAGAGGACUUCCUCGAACAGAGCGAUGAAAGUGGACGAGCUUCAGACCAUUAAGCGCGAGUUGACCCAAAUCAAAAGCAAAGUGGACGACCUGCUGGAGAGCCUGGAGCGCAUGGAGAAGGACCACAGCAAGAAGUCAGGUGGGCGUGUUAAGAGCAUAAAAACCGAACCAGGAGAGGUGACUUCUCCUCCGCACCCGAGCAACAAGAAGGACGAUGGGUUGAAGAGAGAUCGGGAGUGCCAGGAGAUGAACGACUCAGACGAUGAGGAUGACGAGGAAGACGAUGGAGACCUGCUGGAGGAGGAAGAGGUGAAGAGUCAGGAGAGAGAGGAUGAAGAGGAGGAUGAGGAGGAGGAAGGAGAGCAUGUGGAAGGCGACGACGAUGGCGACAGCGUCAACGGUGAGGACGACUCAUAGGAAGGAAAGACCGCACCGACGCAUGCAGCGUUCACUCAGCUUCCUGUAGGAACUUGGACUCCUGUUUUAACACUCAUGUUGUAGAUAAAAGAAGAAAACACACACACAGAAGCAUGGCGCACACACUCUGUUGUUCCAUCGUCCCCGAGGCAGAUUAUUAUUACUUUUCUUUGUUACUUUGGCCAGUUGUCCAGUAUCACUGUAAGAGGAAGAACUAGCCGUAGGUUUGUGUUUUUAUGCGUCAUUACUGGUCUUCAGGAGAAGGCAGAAACAUGGACCGUUGAUGUCCUCAGAGACGACAGCUCGACGGACCCGUCUUAAUGCGAGGACGAACAUUCAGCUACAAAGACCGUUUUUAGGCUCAGUGUGUUUAUUUUCCUCAUUGCAGUGAGUUUGUUUGACUUUGUGUGUCUGUAUGUUAAUGUCAGUUUUUUAUACUGUUUGGUUUCAGUUUAACUGUAAAGGAAUAAAUUGCAAUAAAAUAUUAAAACGGA